AAACUACUUAACUGCAUCGAAUGUCUAUAGUUAACUGGAGAAUUCGAUAAAACAGCACUCUCUCUGACAAUGUCCUUUCUCUUUGGCAAGAGUCACACCUUCGAUCCUGUAAAAGACAUUCCCAACCUAUCUGGGAAGAUCAUCCUGGUGACUGGAGGCAACAAUGGCCUAGGGAAAGAAAGCAUAAAACAAUUGGCAAAGCACAACCCAACGAGGAUCUAUAUGGGUGCUCGCAGCAUCAAGAGAGCUCAAGAAGCGAUCCAGGAUAUCGAAAAGGAGGUUCCCAACGCACCUAUAACUUUUCUCGAAAUGGACCUCGCAUCUUUCUCCUCCAUUAAAUCGGCAGCAGACGCUUUCCUGACUGAAAAUGACCGUCUCGAUGUCCUCAUCAACAAUGCUGGUGUCUUUGCCUGUCCACCAGGUUUGACCACGGAAGGUUAUGAGAUUCAAUUCGGCACCAAUUACAUAGGCUCAGCACUUCUUACUCGACUACUUUUACCGAUACUCGAUAAAACCGCCGGUAAAGAAAACUCCGGAAAUGACGUUCGGAUCGUUAACGUGAGUUCUGAGAUAUAUCGAGCGACUCCAAAGGGCGGCCUUCCUCUCAGCCAAAUGAACACACCACUUACCGAAAUCAACACCAUAACCCGUUAUGGCCAGUCAAAACUCGCCAAUUUAUACUUCGCGAAAUCCCACGCUAAGAGGUAUCCCCACAUCAAGUCUGUAGCCCUACACCCGGGACUUGUGCAGACAAACAUCGGUAGCAACAUGACAGCAAACCCUAUUUUAUCAUUCAUCUUCAGCCAGAUCACUAGAGUGACAUCAAUUGAUGUUCCCGCAGGCGCGCUGAACCAACUUUGGGCGAGUACCGCCAAUUCCGAUGAAGUCAAAAAUGGCGCAUACUAUAUUCCGUUCAUGAAGGAGGCGGACAGGGCGGACAUCAUGAAUGAUGGGGAUAAGGCAGAGGAAUUGUGGCAAUGGACAGAGCGUGAAUUUGAGAAACAUGGCUUCUAAUUUCCACAUUGGCACAUGAAAGAUAAAGCAGCUUGUUAAU